AUGCCGACCCGCACCAACGCUGCGAGGGACACGAAUCCGAGCGGGACUGGUGCUCCACCACGAGCGCAGUCCAACAGCUAUCGUGACUCGACGCUAGGCAUCUUCGCAUUGCUGCUUGCUUUCCGCAUCGUGAACGCACUAACCCUGCGCACCUUCUUCCAGCCCGACGAGUUCUUCCAGUCGCUCGAGCCUGCAUGGCAGCUGGCUUUUGGCCCCGCCACCCAUGCCUGGAUCACCUGGGAGUGGAGAUCCCAAUUGAGGUCGUCCCUGCAUCCAGCGCUAUUCGCAGCCGUCUAUCGAGUCGCGGCACAUGUUGCUGACCUCUGCGGCUUGCGCUUGCCUGCUAAAGCCGAACUACUCCUAGCUGCCCCGAAAGUUACCCAAGCCGUCUUUGCAGCCUUGCUUGAUUGCUACACUUGGAAACUUGCGGAAAAGGUUUACGGUCGUGGCAGUCGCACCGCUCUCACUACUCUUGCAUUGUCUGUUUGCAGCCCAUGGCAAUGGUUCUGCGCGACACGGACACUAUCUAAUUGUCUUGAGACUACCAUCACUUCGGUUGCUAUCUAUUAUUGGCCUUGGCGGGGUGAUUGUAAAACGCAUAUUGCACACCAGAACCUCGGCUCUCUCUCAGAGUUGCGCCUGUCACUACUUCUGGCAGCGCUUGCGUGUAUUCUCCGGCCAACCAAUGCUCUCAUCUGGUUAUCCAUAUCUAUCCCAACCCUGUGGCAAGCCUCACAGCGGCCGCGCUAUGUGUUGGCCCGUGAAAUCCUGAUUUGCGGUGCAAAGAUCCAUUGUCGGCUCCGCCGUACUGGUAUGCUCAGUCGCGACCGAUCGGCUCUAUUACAGGGUCUGGACUCUUCCGCCGCUUAG